CUUUGUGAAUUAAAAAAAAAUGAAAGAACUGGUUACAAACUCUUGUCGUUGAGGGUUGUGUUUAUGCUUUAAUAUUACCACCGGACACCAAAUGUAACAGCACUUUUUUUUAUUAAUUUAGUCACUGUCAGCUGGUACCCCCAGCUAAUGGUACAUUCCACACGUUAACUUCCAAAACAAAUAUGGCACAUGAGAAGAGUGUGUAAAAGAAGUGUACUCCUUCCUUUCGAAAGCGAAACCUAACGACUCUGUUGCAGGCACCGCUCUAGUUCACUACUUAGCACUUGCCUGUUUGGUGUUACUUAGACAUGGCCCAUCAAGUAUUAGCUCGAGUGUCACAUAUCAGAGCUCUCCCGCGCACCACCGGCCCUCUGUCUCGUGUCCGUGCUGACUUUCAUCGAACCGGUGUCAAGUUCAAGCACAUUUUUACUCUGGGAAGCCUCCAGCUUGGAGGAAAGCCAGCAACAAGUCCUGUACGCGGCCAUAUUAACGCCGCACUCCGAGUUGACAGCUUCUCAACAACUGCAACGGCAAAAGCAUUUUGGAGGUCCAGCCAGGCUAAAGGUUCCUCCUCACCCAGGGCAAACAGAGGCUGGCUGGGCAAGCUUGCCCUCGGUGCCGCCCUCGGUGUGAGCACAGUUGCUCUGGUCCAGUCCCUCCACACCGGAGUCAUCACCGCCAUGGCCCUCAAAAUUAACCUGGACUCUGCACAGGGAGACUGGAAGGAGACCAAGGAGUUCUUGCUGUCCCUAUCUGUGAAGGACAGGCGUCCCUACUACAGGACCUCUAGCUCAGUGCCACUGGAUGAAAUCCCAGUGUGGGCUCCCACUGCAGGUGGUUCUGAGCCAAGUAGCUACCAGAGGAAUGAAAAGCUGGAUCAAAAGAUUUCUGUCUACACUGGUGACAUCACUAUGUUGGAGAUAGACGCUAUUGUCAAUGCAGCCAACAAAACUCUUCUUGGAGGAGGCGGAGUGGACGGAGCCAUCCACCGUGCUGCAGGUCCCAUUCUGAAACAGGAGUGUGCUUCCCUCCAUGGCUGUGAGACAGGAGAGGCCAAGAUCACCUGCGGCUACGGCCUCCCAGCAAAGUAUGUGAUCCACACUGUGGGGCCAAUCGCACAUGAAGGAGUCGGAGAGGAGGAAAGGAGAGCUCUGAGGUCGUGCUACAAGAACAGCCUGCAAACUGCCACCGAAAAUGCUGCUCGUUCUGUGGCUUUCCCUUGCAUCUCUACUGGAAUCUACGGCUAUCCAUCGGAACAGGCUGUGCACGAAGUGUUAGCAACUGUGAGGGAGUAUCUUGAUGCACAUCAUGACAAGCUGGACAGAGUCAUCUUCUGUGUGUUCUUGCCGAAGGACAAGGAGCUGUAUCUGCAGAACCUCCCACUCUACUAUCCUGCGGAGGCCACCAUCAAGAGUAAGCUGUAAGAGAGCGUAACUGCCAGACUUGGUUGCUGUGGAUACACCCCGCUACAUGCAACAUCCAGAUUCCUCCUCUUUGCUGUUCAGAUCAGAACCUUCUUCAGCAAGAAGAUAAGCUAUAAAUGGUUAAUUGCUUUUUUUGAAGCGCAAAACGUCUUUUCUGCAGAAGUUGAUUAGUUUCUCUGCAUUCCCCACUUCUGGUUGAGGUUAAGAGUGAUGUUAUGAUGAAGAUGUGAUAUGAUGUUGACAGCUUUCAUGAAAAAUGGACUCGUCUGUACCAUAAGCUGCACUAGACCUGUGAUCAGUAGUGUUACAUCAGGCUUACAACCACCCAUGAAUUACGUGUCCUGUGUGCUCCAGUAUGCUGAUGUUUGAAUUCCAGUGUGUGUGAGAAACAUGAGAAAAGCUUAUUAAAACAAAUCUCACAGGC